AAAUCGAACGGGUAGAGCAAGAGAGAGACGUCGUGAGAGAGAAUUAAAAAAUUGUAAACUUAUGCGAAGUAGCAGCCCCUUGAACUAGCCCAAAAAGCUUGUACUUCAGCAAAAGCAUCAAAACACCAAAACACUAACACGUGGACAGUUAAUUCACUUUAAUGUGACAUACACUUCUACAAUCCAUUUUCACGUGUGUAGUGCAAACAAAAAAAUAGAGGGGAAUGCUCAAAAAAAAGACGAAUUAUUCUUUUAUUUUUCUUUAGACGAAAUGUCUUCUGAAAAGCGAGCAAAGCUCGAAGACGAUGAUGUUCCACUGGACUUGAGUAUUGUCAAGUUCGAAAAAGUUGACGCUCGGCACAAAAAAGCUGAAUUGCUGACAACAGAGGUUAUUGACGCAAACGAGAAAAAAAAUGUUUUGAACUCGCCAUUGGUUCCUGCCGUAAGUUGGAACAUAGCUGAUUGUCUUUUGGCUAUAGAAUGUCAAUUGACAACGAAUAUCGAGUAUGGCAUACGUUUUUCCCCUCCUGUAGAAUACCUGUACAAUCCUAUAAGCUACGCUUUUGAAGUCCACUCCAAAUACGUGCGUCAGUACUGUCAAAGUUCAAAGAAGCUUCUGUUCUUGGGGCUGAAUGCAGGCCCCUGGGGAAUGUCCCAAACUGGGGUACCCUUUGGUGAAAUAAGCAUUGUCACCAAUUGGCUCAAAUUGACGGGUCACAUAAAUAAGCCCCCGCGUGAACACCCUGCCAGAAAAGUAACAGGCUUUGCCUGUCGACGGAGCGAAGUUAGCGGCAAAAGAUUCUGGAAUCUUUUCCAUGAAUUGUGCCAUACUCCGGACAAUUUCUUCCGUCAUUCUUUCCUCCAGAAUUAUUGUCCUGUCGCUUUGAUGGAUGCUGCCGGUCGAAACAUCACUCCGGCUGAACUCAAGGGCUUGGAACAGAGAACACUUCAAUUCCUCUGCGACGAGGCACUCCUCGCUGUUGUUAAACUUCUUGGGGUUGAAAUCAUUGUCAGCAUAGGCAGGUUUGCUGAGAAAAGAGCACGCGCUGCUCUUGACAGAGCUGGGCUCUCCGUCAAUGUCCUCUACAUACCGCAUCCAAGUCCAAGAUCGCCCAGCAACGUGAAUUGGGUCGAAAAAACUGCAGACAAGCUUCGAGAGCUUAACUUACUUCGAUUUUUCAAAGAUGAGCAAACCUCGAGUAUCACGAGCGGAAGUACUUGA